AUGAUGGCCAUUCGGCUUCAAUUUCCAGAUAACUAUUGGCAAUCUUUCAUCAGGUCAGGUGGAGAGCUGUGGUCUGCUUUCUUAUGCCCCCUUCACUGCUUCCCAAACCCCUGCAGGAAUGGAGAACAGUCAACCGGUGAACAUCACAGAUCCUUACACGCGGAAGAAGAAGCGCAGAACUCGGACCGCCGACAGUUUCACUGGCAAAUUUUGUGAUCUGUACAGGCUGACUGAUGAACUGCUGGGUCAGGGGGCUUAUGCUAAAGUCCAGGGAUGUGUGAGUUUACAGAAUGGAAAUGAAUAUGCUGUGAAGAUAAUCGAGAAGAACGCAGGUCACAGUCGCAGCCGAGUUUUUAGAGAGGUGGAGACACUCUACCAGUGCCAAGGAAAUAAGAAUGUUCUGGAACUCAUUCAGUUUUUUGAAGAUGACAACCGUUUUUAUCUGGUUUUUGAGAAGUUGUGUGGAGGUACUAUUUUAACGCACAUCCAGAGUCGAAAAUACUUUGAUGAGAGAGAAGCUAGUCAUGUUGUCAGGGAUAUAGCAAACGCUCUUGACUUUUUACACAACAAAGGAAUCGCUCAUAGGGACCUCAAACCUGAAAACAUCCUGUGCGAAUAUACUGAUAAGGUGUCUCCUGUGAAGAUCUGCGAUUUUGACCUCGGCAGUGGAGUCAAGUUGAACAGUGCUUGUACCCCAAUAACCACCCCUGAGCUCACCACACCGUGUGGCUCGGCAGAGUACAUGGCUCCCGAGGUGGUUGAGGUCUUCAUGGAUGAGGCUUCGUUCUAUGAUAAGCGCUGUGACCUGUGGAGCCUCGGGGUCAUUCUCUACAUUCUCCUUAGCGGGAGCCCCCCCUUCACGGGCCACUGCGGCACCAACUGCGGUUGGGAACGAGGAGAGACAUGCCGUGCCUGUCAGAACAACUUGUUUGAGAGAAUUCAAGAUGGAAAGUACGAAUGUGGGGAUGGAGUUUGGACAAAGAUCUCAGACGAUGCCAAAGAUUUGAUUUCACGGCUGCUAGUGCGAGAUGCCACUUUACGCCUGAGUGCCGCUCAGGUCCUGAAGCACCCCUGGGUGCAAGGGAAUGGACCUGAAAGAGUUCUUUCAACACCUCGUGUUCUCCAAAGAAACUGGAGCACUAAAGACCUCACGCAGUUCGCGGCAGAAGCCAUCGCAUUCAACCGGCAACUAUCUCAGCAAGAAGAGGAGCAAGAAGACUUUGGGACCGUUGUCUGCUCCAUGCGACUUUCACCACCGUCUAACUCUAGAUUAGCACGUCGCCGAGCACAAUCUCAGGCACUACGCACCAAUACUUAACAAAUGCUCGGGUCACAGGUGAUUGAAUGAUACAUGCACUCUCAUUUAUGAUGCGUUACAAUGCUUCACAUAUGUAUAAGAUCUCUCCUGGGCAGCGUAGCCUCUAUGUAGCCAGACAACACACUAAUUUGAAAAUUAGUAACAACACACUAAUUUAUAGACAACACGGGUGCUGACUAGGAGCCAACUAACUAAAUAUGCACACCAAAAAGAAUUAGUUUUGCAUUAAGUGUGCUGCAGGGUUAUGUUUGUCAUCAAUAUCCUGCUUCCAGAGUUUUUGAUAUGUGUUUUAAACGUUGAUACUUAAAUAUUUAUUACAACAUACAGUAUUUAUGGCUGGAUUUGUUUCUCAGCUACAUAUAAAAAGGUACUUGGAUGUGAGGGAAUUUAUAGACUUUAAUUUUGAUGUUAUUACAUCAGCGAUGUUUUAAAUGUGCAUUUCCAUUUUUGUAGUUAUUUUUAAAUAUUUUAAAACACACUUAAAAUGUAUCUUUCAAUUACUGUAAAACACUGGACCUCUUGGCUUUACCUCAUUGUUAUUGUUGAGUUGGAGUCUAUGUGAGCUAUGCUUUCCAAAAGCAACAUACUUAGAAAGAUGCUGUAUUUAGCUUUAUUAAGUUUCUGAUCAAAUAUUACAUGCAUUAGUUAUUGUCAAUAUUACACAGGAAUUAUUUUUGUCUUUUAGAAAAGUUAAUUUUUUCAUGUAUAUUUCAGUAUAAUAGUAUAUGCUUUUCUUUUAUAAACUGUUCUAUUUUAUUUAGAGUGACACAAAAUAUUUUAUUUUAAAUGUGCAGAGUUUUUCUAGGAAUAAGGACAAUAGUAGCUAAGUUAUUAUUUUUAGUUUUUUAUUCGCUGGAAAUUGUGCCAUAGUUGGGGGCAGGGCCUCUAAUGUGCUUUCCAACUGCAAAAGUAACAGCAGCUAAAUGAGCCUAUGUUUGCCUUUUGUAUUAUACAAUUUUAAAACGUUAUAUCUUCUUCAUCUUUUCUCAAAAUGCUAUUUGGUCAGCAUUUUGUGCAUGCAUUUGGCUGUCUAUAUUAAGUCUAUAUGUUUUUGACGAUGUGUUGGAAAACAUUUCAUAUACUGUAGGUGACACUGGGCGCUUCCUCAUCUUUAUGUCUAUGCAGUACUCAAUGCUUGUAUGAUUUUACAGAUGAGUUUGUUCAGGAAUGAUAUCAAUGGAAUCGCCGUCUAAACCCCUCAAAACUUUGGGAUUUAGGACAAAGCAGUGUUUAUUUCAUUGUUCCGGUUUUGAAAAAAAUAAAGCAGUUUGCACUGAAA